AUGUGCGGCCCAUCCCUCCUCUCCGGCAAUCCCGGCUUUCCCAGGACCUUUGGCAUCUUCUGUGAUAGCCUCCCAACCUACAUGAAGCGUGUUCCGCGUUUGACGGCACGCAGGGCGUAUGCAGCGCAGGAUGAGUGCGUCGAGGCGGUGCUAAAUUGGCAGACGUGGUCUGCGCGGACCUUCAACGCGGGUACAACGCCGAUGGACGAGGGCGGUAAUGAUGGGAUCUGGGGCUCAACGUUCUUCAGGGAGAGAUACAAGACGUUUAUCCAUGAUAUGGGGUUUGACGCGAGGGAUAUGGCGGCUAUGGAGUUGGGGUUCUUGUUUGGUUGA